UGGCAUACAACGAAAAGGAGUCAGUUUGAUCUGGGUCGGGCGGGGUCCGUCCGGCGAGCGCGGUCGCACGCCUUCGUCUGUGUAGUGGUUCGGCCCGGCGCGUGCGCGUCACGUCGAAUGUGUAGGUGGCAAACCCCUGUAGCGCGACGCGGUCUUUCUUUUGAAGCCAGAGCCUCCCCAGGCACCCAGUCGCUACUCUAUCUCUCUUCUUUCUCCUCUCGUCUCCACUCUCCACUGCCCGCUCGAUACGGGCGGGCACGACUGGUGCCAAGUUGUUUUCUUCGCCCUCCCCCCUUCCGCGGCGCGUUGUAGAAAGCGAGCGGGGGGUAGUAGGAUCCAUCGGUAGGUCGUCCCAUCCCGUCGCACCGCCCGCUACAUACGCCGCGGCGGGUACCUUGCUUCCGUUCAUGGCAUGUUUGUCUCGGACGGUGGGUUAGCCAUGGACGCCGGAGGCCGUGCGGGCGUGAGCGGCCCCGCCGCGGCGAACGGCUCGUUCGGACUCGUCCGCACCGUGGUGGGGUACUCCACCUCGCCCCUCUUCUUCUGGCUCCUCACCGUCGCGCUCGUCGCCGCCAUCCACAUCGUCUCCGGCUCGUCCUCCAAGCCUGCCAGGAACAAUGAGACGGAGGAGAGGAAGAAGGCGCGCCGCGAUAGGUUCCUCCCGGCCGCCGAGGAACGGGAGGCGUCGGGCAGGGGAGAUGACCGGGUUCUGGAGAUGAUGCGCAGUUUCAGCUUCAUGCAGGCGACCGAGGAGGAUUUCAUGGAGGGCAUGACCGCAUACGAGCACAACGGCGUUGGCGACGGCACAGCGCACGGGCCUGUCGCGCCGGAGCCGCCUGCGCUGACGGCGACUAGCCUCAGCUUCAGGUUUCAGCACCAGAUGCCCGAAGUUCCAACGGAGACGGCGCUGGUUUCGAGAGAAUUCACUGCGGCAAGACAAGAGACGGCGGUAGUUUCGAGAGAACUGACAGCAGCGAGAGACGAUGAUGGACGACAACGAGAGGAAGAGAAGGAACCACACUUUCCUUUGGAACCAUUCGCUCCGUUGCAGACGGCGGCAGACAUGCAAGAACACCGGCACGACGAAGCAGAGGAAACAGAGUUCCUGGCGGAGGAGCCGGCAGAAGAGCGGAGCGGAGAGGUUGCGCAGGAGGAGGCAGCGCCACCCAAGACCGUCGCGGCCACGCACAACUAUCAGUUCCUGACUGAGCGCGACUUCCGGGGGUUCGUCAGGGAGCCGGAGGCCGUGACGGUGCGCGUCCAGGAAUCUUUCGUGCCGUCGCCGCCUCCGGCGCACCAGCCCGAGGAGCGACGGGUGGUCGACGUCUCCUCCCGCAGCGGCCGGUUCCUCACGGCGAGGGACUUCCGGCCGGCGAACGAGCCCGACGUGUGCGAGAGCGUGGCGUCGUCCGGGAAGUGGACGCCGCCGCCUCCGAGGCCGAGGCCGAAGCCGAAGCCGAAGCCUGCGAGCUCCCCGUCCGCUGCUUCCAUGGGCGGCGGCGGCGGCUUCACGUCGGAGUUCUCCGGUUUCGGCGACUCGGACUCCGAGUCCAGCGCCAGCGACGGCUACUCGGUGAAGGAUCUCGUCGUCGACUCCGACAGCGAUUGGUUCCUCUCAGAGAAGGAGUUCCCGGCGUCUGCACUUGGCUCCGGCAACCUCAAAACUUACAAGGCCAAGGUGCUCAGGGCGAUCGAAGCCAUGGAGGCGGCGUCCAACCUGGAGCCGUCUUACCAGGAGGACUCAGCGACGACAGUGUCGCCGAGCUCGGUCCGGCAGCGCUCACCGGACACCGUUCCCGAUGGUUCUCCCAAGUUCCCUGAGGACGUGUGGUCUCGCAGCCCUUCGCCGGACGUCGAGUACAAAGAGGACGAGGAGGAGGUAACGAGAGAAGCUGAAGCACAGUAUGAUGAGGACAUCGAACAGCGAAGCACGGGGGAAGAGGAGGAGGGCAAGGGCAUCGACAUGAGCGAUGACGAGCACUCGUCGGGCGGCAAGGAGGUAGAAUCCGCACCAAUCUAUGAUCUGGCUCCUGUUGCUGACGACUGUAUGGAUCAUUCAGAGAAGGGGAUCAUCACUCUAAAUGAUCAUUCAGGAGGUCAAGCUGCUUCUGAUGCUCAAAGAAGUCCAGAGGCAGUCUCUGCCAGACAAUUAGCUGCCGUACCAUCAGAUCAAGUUGCUGGCCCAGUCAAGAGAAGUCCGGAGCCACCGGAGCAGGAAUUUGUUGGUAUGGUUGAUCAUUCACUCGAGCACAGUUCUUACGACCGGAAACAAACUGCCAGCGAAAGCGAUCAGUCAUAUGAAAUAGUAUUUGAUGACAAAAGAAGGCCGCAGCGUGCAGAGACAGGAUUUCUUGGUACGAGCAGCCCCUCACAUGAACUCGUUUCUGAAGUUUGGGAAGAGAUCGUCACCAGAAACGAUCAACCGCCCCUAGGGCCCCAUGCUGAUGAGCAAGGCCUGGAUACAGCAGAGGAAGAGUAUGUGGGCACAGGUGAUCAGCCACAUGGUGCAGUUUCUGAUGAGAAGAGCGGUGCAGAGACUCCGGAGCAAGAAUUCAGCCUUACCGACCACCGAAACGUAGCAGUUCCUGACGCCAGGAACAUCUCGGAGACCAGAGAAGAUGAGGAACAAGCCAGUGCAGAUGAUCAUUCGGACAAUGCAGUCACCGGGAAGGCAAAGGUAUAUGACGAAGACGGGGAGGACCGGGAAGCGAGGUGGAAGGAUCUGACAGACGAGGAGGAGGACGAGCUGGAGUCGCUGUGGGAGCACCAGGAUCUGGUAGAGCAGCUGAAGCUCGAGCUGAAAAAGGUUCGGUCGUCGGUCGGGCUGCCCACGAUCCUCGAGGAGUCGGACACACCAAAGGCUCCGGUGGAGGACCUCAAGCCAUGGAGUAUGGAUGCUAAGUUCCUUCGCGAGGACCCCAUGGACGAGCUGAACAAGUUCUACAAGAGCUACAGGGAGAGGAUGAGGAAGUUGGACAUUUUGUGCUACCAGAAGAUGUACGCAAUAGAUUUCCUACAGCUCAGAGGGUCCCAGCAGUCCAACAACAACAACAACAACUCUGUAAAGUCCUUGUCGCCUACGGUGGCGUCCAUCCUGUCGCAUAACUUCCGGUCAUCGCGCCGGAGAUCUCCCGAGGACCCGUCGGAACGGUUCCUCAGGGAGCUCCGCUACGACCUGGAGACGGUGUACGUCGGGCAGAUGUGCCUGUCGUGGGAGUUCCUCCGGUGGCAGUACGAGCAGGCGCGCGACCUCCCGGAGUCCGACUCCUACCACAGCCACCAGUACAACCAGGUGGCCGGCGAGUUCCAGCAGUUCCAGGUCGUGGUGCAGAGGUUCGUGGAGGACGAGUCGUUCAAAGGCCCUAGGCUGUCGAACUACAUCAACAACCGGUGCGUCCUCCGCAACCUGCUGCAGGUGCCCGUGAUCAAAGAGGACAGCCUGAAGGACAGGAUGGAGGACCAGCGCAAGGGGAACUACGUGAUAACCAGCGAGGAGCUGGAGGACGUCAUGGAAGAGGCGAUGCACGUCCUGUGGGAGUUCAUCAAGGCCGACAGGGCCGAGACGACGACGACGGCGGCGGCGGCAUCGGUGCUCAAGGGCCUGUCGAGCAGCAACGUCGAGCUCCAGGACCCUCUGGAUCAUGGCCUCAUGGCGCACAUCCAUUCCGCGUUACAGAAGAAAGAGAAGAGGCUCAAGGACCUGCUCAGGACGGGCAACUGCAUCGCGAAGAAGUUUAAGAAGCCCAAGGAGGACAGGUCCAACCAGAACCUCUUCUUCUCGCAGGUGGACAUGAAGCUGGUGGCGCGGGUGCUGAGGAUGCCCAGGAUCACCAGCGAGCAGCUGCAGUGGUGCAGGGCCAAGCUCGACAAGAUCGUACUGGUAGAUAGGAAGAUCCACAGGGAGGCUUCAUUUUUGUUGUUUCCCUGCUGAGAGAGAGAGAGAGAGAGUACAGCAUAUAUGUUUUCUUCUUUUUCUCUUGUUCCCUUUUGCUCGAUGAAACCAGUCCACGAGUAUAGGGUUUCUUUAGCCUUUUGGCAAUCCAGUCUUUUACGCAUGUCUGUCCAUAGUUACCCUGAAAUUACAUCCACCGCAAUGUACAUGCAUACUCCAUUGCCUCUUCAGUAGAAUGAACCGUCUUCUUUUCUGUCGCUGAA